AUGUCCCACGGGACCUACUACGAGUGUGAGCCCCGGGCUGGCCAGCAGCCUCUUGAGUUCUCAGGGGGCCGAGCGGGGCCCGGGGAGCUGGGGGACAUGUGUGAGCAUGAGGCUUCCAUCGACCUCUCCGCCUACAUCGAGUCUGGGGAGGAGCAGCUCCUCUCCGACCUCUUCGCAGUGAAGCCGGCACCUGAGGCCCGAGGCCUUAAGGGACCCGGAACCCCUGCCUUUCCCCACUACCUGCCGCCGGACCCACGGCCCUUCGCCUACCCCCCACAUACCUUCGGCCCUGACAGGAAGGCCUUGGGGUCUGGCAUCUACAGCAGCCCAGGGAGCUAUGACCCCAGGGCUGUGGCUGUGAAGGAGGAGCCUCGGGGGCCAGAGGGCAGCCGAGGGGCCAGCCGCAGCAGCUAUAAUCCCCUACAGUAUCAAGUAGCACACUGCGGGCAGACGGCCAUGCACCUGCCCCCGGCCCUGGCAGCGCCCAGCCAGCCCCUGCGCGUCCUCAAGGCCCCUGUGGCCGCCGCCGCAACCCCCUGCAGCCCCCUCCUCAAGGCGCCAUCCCCAGCUGGCCCCUCGCACAAAGGCAAGAAGGCGGUGAACAAGGACAGCCUGGAGUACCGGCUACGGAGGGAGCGGAACAACAUCGCCGUGCGCAAGAGCCGCGACAAGGCCAAGAGGCGCAUCCUGGAGACGCAGCAGAAGGUGCUGGAGUACAUGGCGGAGAAUGAGCGCCUCCGCAGUCGCGUGGAACAGCUGACCCAGGAGCUGGACACCCUUCGAAACCUCUUCCGGCAGAUCCCAGAGGCCGCCAGCCUCAUCAAAGGCGUGGGGGGCUGCAGCUGA